AUGGAAACUCCAAGUCUAUGGCAAGCUGACAACGUGACAUUACCUGCAUUUACCCUUAAACAUUCAAUUGUUGAACACCUCCUCCUCAUGGAUCCCUGUCAGUCCUCUGCUCCUCCUAAGAAAUUUCCUCGAGGGAGAAAUUCAGGAAUUUACAGGGGUGUCAGAAUGAGGACAUGGGGCAAAUGGGUUUCUGAAAUAAGGGUUCCGAAGACUGGACAAAGGAUAUGGCUGGGGUCUUAUGAUGCCCCCGAGAAAGCAGCUCGAGCAUGUGAUGCUAUCCAGUAUUGUAUUCGUGGUGAAUUGUCUCCCUCUGUGAUAACUCCGGUGGAAAUGGUUGAGCCAUCCUUGCCCAAUUUGCAGGUUUUAAGUGCCACUGGAAAUGCAGGUAACGUGGAGGGUUAUGCUCCAGCUAGUGCGUCAGUACCAGAUUUAUGUUCAAUAGACAAUUUACAAUUGGAUGAUUUACUCAUGCUGGACAUAGAAUGGAUAGACUCCCUCUAG